UAAAUCACGUUGCAUAGUUUAUGAUCUUUAGGAUGAGUCUUAGGUAAAUUAUUAAAAUCUUUGAGCAGGUGGUGGCGGCCCGGCCAAGCGAUUGUGGCUCUGAUGCCGCUUGGAGGGGCUCCUCGAUUUGGUGACGCCUAGCAACACCAACAGAGCCGCAACUGGGGCACAAGAAGCCCACUCGAGCACAUCAGAGAAUCCCGCUUGAGUGCAAAAUGCAACCGAAUUCGAGGCAUCAAAGGAAAUUCCAUCACAGGAAACCUCUGGCUUUUUCAUUUUUUGAGUGAAAAAUACCACAACUUUUUGACUCGGCCACACAUCAGGUAACCUCUCCCUCUGCUCUCUUCAUCUACUUCUUUGUUAGAGACUUGGAUGAUAUCCUCUUAUCUCCUCCUCAACUUUUCUACCCUUUUCUUUUCACUCGUAAAAUGCUUCGCCGCCUUUAGGAUUCUCGAUCCAUCAACAGGUCGCAUUGAAUCACUCAUGCCCUCCUGGCUUUAAGUCACCUAUCCAACACCAACAUCACCAUGACCGUGUCUCCUAGAUCAGAGUCAGUCACUGACAAUGCGACUGAUCAUGUCGAGACACCCCCUGCAAAGAAAGCCAAGUACAGAAAUCCAGGGAUCCCCAAAGAUGACACCAAGGCUAUUCGUGAGAGACAGGAAGCCGCCAUCGCUGAAAUUCAUCCCGACACCAAGAACCAUCCCGUCCUGUAUAGAGGCGUCGUUCAGCAGAUUGAGAAGAACAAUCUUCGAAAGGGUUGGGCAAAUACUCAGCUCUAUAGUACCUUCCAGCACUGGAGCAGAGUCUCUGCCUUGAGUGCUCGACCUGAGCUGGAGUGGUUACUUGCUGUACUGGCAGUGCAUGCAUCCUUCGAGCCAAUUAAUCUCAAGUUCAUGGACGAGGUUAAAAGGCGCGGCCUUAAGGAAUGGGCAGAGGAACAGCUCAAGAAACAAGAUCCCCUUUCUUCAACUCCCAUUCCAGCUGAGCCAAAGACACCUCAGCAAGCUCCUCGAAUCAAGACUGAGCCUGGAAGCGUUUCUCAAAGAUUGCAAGAGGCUCCUGGAGGAGCAAGGCCUGGGCAGGGAAACAGUAACGUUUUUCCAUCGAUUGAGACUGGUAUCGGCGGUACCCUGAAACGAACUGCUCCCGUAGACCCAGCUCAGCCUGCGAACAAACGAGCAAACAUGCAUGUGGACCAGGCAUAUGUCACCGCUGAGAUCAACAGACUCGCAGAACUUCACGCCUCACAGCAACGAACCGUCCUCCGAGACCAAGGAACGCAGACAGACAGCGAAAUUCCUCUCCAGACGAUCCUUGCAUCAAUGGAAGAAGCUAUGGGAGCCAUGAAAGAACAGUCCGAGGGGCUCAAGGAACAAGUUCGGCUGCUUCAAGAACACAACAUGUCACUCCUGGAACACGAUCGAGCGCUUGCCGACGUCUCCGGAAGAGUUCGUGGUGUCAAUCAGCUCAGACACGCCAGCAACAUUCACCAUCAGCAGAUCCAACCUCAGGCUGCUGAGAUCGUUCCGCUGCAGCCGAUGAAUCGUCAACCGCCCACAUACUACUACGAAUUCCCUCGCGAGUCCAGCAACAAUGGGCAGAUCUUUAGAUUUGGAUAGGUUGAUCAAUACGAGACGAGGGAGGAAGGGGAUUCAUCAAGAAUGGAGUUGGGGUAUGGGAAAACUUAACAGGAUGGGAAGAACACUUGCUUUUGGAGUUUAAGGCCUCAGAUUCCGAUGGA